ACGCCUAGCGGCCUUGGUAGGUUUGGCGCGAAGAUCUUUUAGCCGGCUAGCUACUUGCGCAGUUUGAACCUGCGUUCGUGGUCUCUGCUCAGAGGCUGUUCUGUCUUUGCUCCCUCAUUUCGUGACGGGGCUUAAUAUCUGCACACUAAGUACGUCAUGGCUCCCAAGAAACGUCCAGAAACCCAGAAGCCCCCCGACAUUGCGGUACGCCUCAAGAGCAAGAGCGUCCCAAGUACCAGAGAGCUGGAGCCCGCGACCAAGAAGUUGUAUGCGCUGAACCCCGGUUCCAGCAGGAGAUGUGACUCAUGUUGCCUUUUGGCAGAGUUGGCUAACCUACAGGUCCCUUCACAGAGUAGUAUCAUCAGGGCUCUCCACCAGCAAAAAUUGGGCAGAGUCACCUGGCCAUCACUACAGCAGGGUCUCCAAAAGUCCUUUUUGCAGUCUCUGGCUUCUUACCAGGUAUUCCAAAGAGUUGCCCCCUUUGACAGGCGGGCUACAUCCUUGGCCUGGCACCCAACUCAUCCCAGCACCCUGGCUGUGGGCUCCAAAGGGGGAGAUAUCUUGCUCUGGAACUUUGGCAUAAAGGACAAACCCACCUUCAUUAAAGGGAUUGGAGCUGGAGGAAGCAUCACUGCGUUGAAGUUUAACCAGCUGAAUACCAACCAGUUUUUUGCCUGCUCAAUGGAGGGAACAACCAGGCUGCAAGAUUUUAAAGGCAACAUUCUCCGAGUUUUUACCAGCUCAAACUCCUGCAAUGUCUGGUUUUGCAGCCUGGAUGUUUCUACCAAGAGCCAAGUGCUGGUCACAGGGGACAAUGUAGGACAUGUGAUACUGCUGAACACAGAUGGCAAGGAGCUUUGGACUCUGAAAAUGCACAAAAAGAAAGUAACCCAUGUGGCCUUGAACCCCUGCUGUGAUUGGCUUCUGGCCACAGCCUCCAUAGAUCAAACAGUGAAAAUCUGGGACCUGCGCCAGAUUAGAGGGAAAACCAGCUUCCUCUAUUCACUGCCUCAUAGGCAUCCUGUCAAUUCAGCUUGUUUCAGCCCUGAUGGAGCCAGGCUCCUGACUACUGACCAGUACAGUGAGAUUCGGGUUUACUCUGCCUCCCAGUGGGACUGCCCCGUGAGCCUGAUCUGCCACCCUCACCGUCAUUUCCAGCACCUCACACCCAUCAAGGCAACCUGGCAUCCACGAUACAACCUUAUUGUUGUGGGCCGAUACCCAGAUCCUAACCUUAAAAGCUGUAUCCCCUAUGAGCUAAGGACAAUAGAUGUGUUUGAUGGUAGCUCGGGGAAGAUGAUGUGUCAGCUCUAUGACCCGGGAUAUUCUGGUAUCACUUCGCUCAAUGAGUUCAAUCCUAUGGGGGACACCCUGGCCUCUGCUAUGGGUUAUCAUAUUCUUAUUUGGAGCCAGGAGGAGGCUGGGCCACAGAAAGAACAUGAGUAACAACAAAGAUGUGGAACAAGCAACACUGGAUCCCUCAAACGGGAACAAGUUCUGUGAAAAGAGGCAGCUGUUUGCUAAUGGGGCAAAAGUACCCAAAUUUUAGGGCGGGGGGCAGAGACACUUACGGCAUGAGGCACGUGGGACCAGGACACUGGUAUGUUACUUCUCUAGAUUUUGCUCCAGAAAUGUAUGGCAAACCCACUACCCUAAGGACCACUGCUGUGUCUAGCCUGGAGCCAAUCUUAUCCUAGA